UUUUGUAUAUAUAUAAGCAUAUCCAAUUCCUUCUGGGCCUUUUCCUCACUAAAACUGGCUUUUAUUUUAAUAAAAGAGACUACAGGUCCCACACUCCUUCACUCUGGACUAAGCUGUCUGAUGCUGUUGGGAGUUGUAAGCAAAAGAGGUUGCAAAAUCAAAGCGCUGAGGGCCAAGACCAACACCUACAUCAAGACGCCCGUCCGUGGCGAGGAGCCAGUUUUUAUGGUGACUGGGAGGCGGGAAGACGUUGCCAUGGCGAGGAGAGAGAUCAUUUCUGCUGCGGAACAUUUCUCCAUGAUCCGGGCCUCGCGUAACAAAGCGGGAAGCUCUUUCGGCAGUGCCCCCACCUUGCCGGGUCAGGUCACCAUCCGGGUGCGAGUCCCUUACCGGGUGGUGGGUUUAGUGGUCGGGCCAAAAGGAGCCACCAUCAAGAGGAUCCAGCAGCAGACCAACACCUACAUCAUCACCCCGAGCAGAGACCGGGAUCCUGUCUUUGAGAUCACGGGGGCCCCGGGCAACGUGGAGCGAGCCCGGGAGGAAAUCGAAACCCACAUCGCCGUCCGGACGGGCAAGAUCCUCGAAUAUAACAACGAGAACGACUUCCUGUCCAGCAGCCCCGACUCAGGCAUGGAGAACCGUUACUCGGACGCCUGGCGCGUCCACACUCCGGCGCCCGGCUGCAAACCCCUCUCCACCUUCCGCCAGAACAGCUUGGGGUGCAUCGGCGACUGCUCCGUGGACCCCGCCUACGAGACGCCCCGGCUCAACGACCAAAACGACUUCAAUUACAGUUACCUCUUCCCUAAUUACGGCGUCAACAAGCAAGAUCUGUAUUACGGGGUCCCCGAAUCCGGGACUCCCCUGUGGGCAGGGCAGGAGAACACCAACCCUGUGUCUGUCCUCUUCUCCAAGCAGCAACGGUCCAGCAAUGCCGGCGCUCUGCACCCCAGUUCUCAUCGCUCCCCAUCCUCCUCCAUCCAAGAACCGCCUCUCUCCGGGCUUCCCAGAAGAUCUCAGGCUGAGUCCUCCUUGCAAGGAUUUUCCAAAUUGGGCGCUUCCGCCGCUGCCCGGACGUCCCUCUCGAGCAGCCGGGAGUGCAUGGUGUGCUUCGAAAGCGAAGUGACCGCCGCCUUAGUCCCGUGCGGCCAUAACCUCUUCUGCAUGGAGUGCGCUGUGCGGAUCUGUGAGCGGACCGACCCGGAAUGCCCUGUUUGCCAUGCAACGGCCACCCAGGCCAUUAGAAUAUUUUCUUAAGCAUUUUAAAAGGAGAAGAGAGAAAGAGAAAGGGGAGGGGGAAAACAAAAGGCAGAGAGACGGACAGUGUUUGGGUAAAAAUUGGAGCGGCUGACAGGAAAAGUGUGGGAAAGUCCAAAACACAGGAUGGAACACAUCCGAAGAACAAACGGAUGAAUUGGGGGGGGGGGGGGCAAAAGAAAAGAAAGAAAGAGAAAAAAAA